AGCAAGAUGGCUGCCGCCUGUAGCGCGAAUGUCAGUGCGAAAAUGCCGCGCAAAGAUAAACAAACUCGGGGUUAGGAUUCUAAUGUUUUCAAAACAUUUCUUGUCGUUAAACGUUUUUUUAAUUUGUUACAAACUGUGUCGCAAUCAUGGACGAGUUCCCCGAUCCAGAUGAAUUUUACGAUUUAGAGCACGCAGAUGAAUACGAAAUCGAAAGGGAACUCGAAGCUGAAGCAUUGGGAACACAAAAGUCUGUUUCGAAGAGUAUUUCUCAGCCCCAACAGAAGACUAAUGGGAAUCAAGUGCAUAGUGACUCGCAGCAACCUGUUUUAAAACAUUCAUUUGAAAAAGAAAUAGAAGAUAUCGAAUUUCAGGCAUUAUCUGGAAAACAAAAUGGUACAAGUCAAUUAGCAAAACUUUCUGAAAGUUCCAGAAAGAGGUCCAUUGACCAAAUUACACAAGGUUUUCAAUUGAAAGAUUUUGGGUCCUUUGAUGAUGAUGAUUUUGAUGAAAUUAAUCUACCGGAAAAGAAAAAACCUUGUUGGAAUCGACCAAAAGAACUUAUAGAAUUGAUUCUUGAUAGAAGAAAAAAUCGUUAUGAUAGUAAUGAUAUUAAAAGCCAAUUUGAGAAAACUGUGCCUUCAAAAGAUUAUAAAAGUUCUAUAUCAAGAAGAGUUCCAACGUGGAAUUUUGUAGCUGUCACCCGUUCAGAAGAUGCAGAGCGGUUUUAUAUUAAAGUUAGUGAAAAAAAGUAUGACCCAAAGAAGUAUCAACUGAAAUCUGGGUCUUUGUUAAAAUCUUUUGAUAAAUUGAAGGAUGAAGCUGAAGAAAUUCUAAUUAAAAAUACUGAAAAAGCUAGUGUAUUAUCAUUAGAGCCUGUAAGUACAGAAAAUAUUAACAGUGAAUUGUGGGUGGACAAGUAUCGGCCUAAAAGAUAUGUGGAGUUACUAUCAGAUGAAAAUGUAAACCGCUCUCUGCUCUAUUGGCUCAAACUUUGGGAUAAAGUUGUAUUCGAUAGAGAGCCCACGGUGCAUAGGAAAAAGAGCAAUGUAGUUUCCAAAUUUAGAAAUAAAUUCAUACAAAAAGAAGAUAUACCAGAUCAUGAUAGUAAAGGCUUUCCAACUCAGAGGAUAGCAUUGCUCACAGGUCCUCCUGGAUUAGGUAAAACUACGCUAGCGCACGUGGCAGCCAGGCAUGCGGGAUAUAAUAUCGUAGAAUUGAAUGCCAGUGAUGAUAGGGGACCUGAAGCUUUCAGGGAAGCACUGUUGGCAUCAACCCAAAUGAGAGCAUUAAUAGAUCAGGAUAGACGACCCAAUUGCCUCAUUUUGGAUGAAAUUGAUGGCGCUCCAACUGCUUCGAUAGAACUUUUACUCAAAUUCAUUCAUGGUAAAUUAGCUCCGAAAGGAAAGAAUGCAAAACCUGGCAAGCAAAGUGACGGUUGCCGCCGGCCAAUUAUCUGCAUAUGCAACGAUCUUUAUACUCCGUCGCUGAGGCCACUGAGAGCCAUGGCUUUAGUUAUAAACGUUCCAGAGAUAACUCCAUCAAACUUGACUGAAAGGUUGUCAGAAAUUAUGCGCAAAGAGGGUCUACAAGUAGAUUCUAGACUGUUGUUGCAGUUAGCCGAAAAAUCAGCUUGCGACGUCCGAGCCUGUCUCGGAAUAUUGCAGUACACGGGAGGUGGAGCUAAUAUGAUACAAAAUCUGGCCUUAGGACUGAAAGAUAUGCGAAAAGGUCUCUUCGAUUCGUGGAAAGAGUUGCUGCAAGUUCCGAUGACCAGGAGAGGUCCUCUGACCAACACCGAGAGAGCCUUGAAAGUCAUAAAAAUCGUUUACCAAGGUGAACCCGAUCGACUGGCGCAGGGAAUAUUCCACAACUAUCCCGAAAUCUGCAAGGACAAGAUGAUCUCCAUAUCCGAGGCCCUGAACUGGUUCGAGUUCUACGACACAGUGAACACGCUGGUGAUGGAGCGACAAACCUGGAUGCUCAUGCCGUACACGACGUCGCCCUUUGUGGCCUGGCACCUGUACCUCGCGAUCUCGCAGCCACCGAAAAUCUCGUACCCCUCGGCAGUAUUCGAGGCAAAUCAAAAAUUGGAGCGGAACAAAGCGAUUCUCACGGUCACCAAAAAGACGUCUAAAAUAGACAUGGAUACGCUUGUCACAGACGUUCUCCCCUUCCUACCGGAUAUAAUAAGUCCUCGAUUGCGUUCGGUGAAUGUUCAGCUGUAUUCGCCGAAGGAAAAGGCGGAGCUAGAAAAGUUGGUGAACGUAAUGCUCGACUUUGGCCUGUCCUUCGUACAGGAGAAGAGGCCGGAAGGAGGAUACGAAUACCUGAUAGACCCUAACAUAUGGGACAUCGGUACCUUCCCCGGCUGUAAAAUCCGGAGACCCUUGACCUACGCUGUAAAACAGAUAGUCAUUCAAGAGUUGGAAAGCGCAAGGUUGCGGCGGGCUGCAAUAUACAACGGCGAGGCACUGGACAAAGAUGGCAAGAGCAAAAAGAGCAGCAAUAAGCCGGCGUCAGCUGGACCGUCGAAAAAAGUUGCCGACGAACUCGAGCCGUCGCUGAGUCAAUCUUCUUCGAAAUCGGAUGAAGGUCUGCCGAACCAUUUGAAGCAGCUCAACCCGAAAGAGUUGGAGCCGUCGAAAGAAAAGAAAUGUCGAAACUUUUUCCAAGCCUUCCAAGCGUUGGGCCAGGAGAAAUUGAAAGCCAAGCUGGCCAAGGAGAAGGAGUUGGGUAUCGUUAACACAAAAAUGGUCGAGAAGGAGGAGCAGAGGAGGGACGCGAAGAGGAAGAAAGAUUUGCUCAAAAGCGACGUGUGGUUUCAGUACAAAGAGGGCUACACCAACGCCGUCAGGCGUACUAUCCUUAUGAAAGAUUUCUUGUAAAUCUCCCUCGCGCGAUCGGCCUUUUCCUCUUUUUACCUGCGAGAACCGUAAAGCUUUUUUAACGAUAUGUACUAUAUUUACGUGUAAAUUAUGUUUAUAUUUAAUCCUUGAAUAAAAUAGCAUUCAUUUAACUUUUUAA